AUGGCUUCGAAUUUCGACUUCACCGAUAAGGCGCAGGAAUCUAUCGCUGCAGCCGUUCAACUUGCAAAAGACUACGCGAAUGCCCAAGUGCAUCCCGCGCAUCUUGCCUUCGUAUUGCUCAAUGAGUCUGCCGGCGACCCCACACCGCCGGGCGGUGUAACUCAUACUCAGGGCACUUCGCUGUUUUCAUCUGUCAUCCAGAAGGCGGGCGGGGACCCCGCCGUCGUCAAACGCGGCAUCCAGAAGAUCAUUGUCCGCCUACCAGCGCAAACACCACCGCCAGAUGAGACGACCCUCAGCUCGGCCGCGCUCAAGGUCCUGCGGGAGGCGCAAUCCUUGCAGAAGACUAUGCACGAUUCGUACAUCGCCCAAGAUCACCUACUUCUCGCGCUCAUCAAGGACGCAUCGAUUGCCGCCGUUCUCAAGGAGGCGAGCCUCACUGAAGCCGCUAUCAAGACUGCAAUCACCCAAAUCCGCGGCAACCGCAGAGUCGAGAGCAAGACCGCCGAACAAGGCUUCGACGCCCUUUCGAAGUACGCGGUCGAUCUCACUGCUCUAGCGGAGGAGGGCAAACUCGAUCCUGUCAUCGGCCGUGACAACGAGAUCCGUAGAGUAACCCGGAUUCUUUGCCGAAGGACGAAGAACAACCCAGUUCUCAUCGGUGAACCCGGUGUCGGCAAGACUUCCGUCGUCGAAGGCCUCGCUCAACGGAUCGUCAACCGCGACGUUCCAGCCUCCCUUAUCGCACGUCUCUUCUCGCUCGACAUGGGUGCCCUCAUGGCGGGCGCGAAGUACAAGGGAGAGUACGAGGAGCGGAUCAAGUCGGUCUUGAACGAGGUCGAGAAGGCCAGUGAAGAAGGCACCGGCGUCAUUCUGUUCAUCGACGAGUUGCACCUUAUCAUGGCAGGCCGCGGCGCUGAGGGAGGCGGUAUGGACGCCGCCAACCUUUUCAAGCCUCUUCUCGCGCGUGGCAAACUGCGCUGCAUUGGUGCAACAACCUUGGCCGAGUACCGCAAGUACAUCGAGACUGACGCUGCCCUUGAGCGGCGAUUCGCUCAGGUACUUGUCAACGAACCAUCUGUUCCCGACACCAUCAGCAUUCUCCGUGGUAUUCGGGAGAAGUACGAAGUCCACCAUGGUGUUCGUAUCAUGGACGCUGCGUUGAUACAAGCCGCGCAACUGGCGCAUCGUUACCUCACAUCUCGUCGGUUACCGGACGCCGCAAUCGAUUUGGUUGACGAAGCUUGUGCUAGUGUACGUGUCACUCGGGAAACGGCCCCGGAAGAGAUCGACCGGCUCCAGCGCCGCAAGCUCGAACUCGAGGUCGAAAUCCACGCACUCGAGCGCGAGAAGGACGAUGCCAGCAAAGAACGCCUCAUCCACGCUCGCAAGGCCAUCGCAGACGUCGAUGACAAGCUGCGACCUCUGCAAGCCGAGUAUGAGAAUGAGAAGCACCGCGGCGACGAAAUCGCGAACGUCCGGCGGAAGAUCGACGAGCUCAAGGCGAAGGCCGACGAAGCAGAGCGUCGCUACGAUCUCGCCACGGCUAGUGACCUUCGUUACUAUGCCAUCCCGGACCUCAAUAAACGCUUGGCCGAACUCGAGGCGCAGAAGGCUGAGGAGGACGCUGCGGGUACUGGCAAGGACGUUGUGACGCCCGAGCAGAUCGCAGAGAUCGUCGGCCGCUGGACCAACAUCCCCGUCACGCGGCUCAUGUCGACCGAGAAGGAGAAGCUGCUCAGGUUGGAGAAGACCCUCGCCGAGAACGUCGUCGGCCAGCCUGAAGCCGUGAAGGCUGUUGCAAACGCGAUCCGCUUGUCUCGUAGCGGUCUACGGAACGAAGGGCGACCAAUCGCGAGCUUCCUCUUCGCUGGUCCUUCGGGCACGGGUAAGACGCUGCUUACCAAGACGCUCGCCACCGUGCUGUUCGAUUCGCCGGACGCCAUGAUCCGUAUCGACGCCUCGGAGUACUCCGAAAAGCACUCCAUCUCGCGUCUCAUCGGCGCUCCUCCGGGCUACAUCGGCCAUGACGCGGGAGGACAGCUCACGGAAUACGUCCGUCGCAAGCCGUACUCCAUCGUCCUCAUUGACGAGAUAGAGAAGGCAAGCCGUGAAUUCGUCACCUUAUUCCUGCAGGUGCUCGACGACGGGCGCUUGACCGAUGGACAAGGACGGGUUGUUGACUUCCGCAACACUGUCAUCGUCAUGACGAGCAAUUUGGGAGCCGCGUACCUCAACGACAUGGGAGAGGGUCCCGUCAAGCCCGGUACUCGUGACCUUGUCAUGGGUGCCAUUCAGUCUCAUUUCCCUCCCGAAUUCAUCAAUCGUAUCGACGAGAUCGUCAUCUACCGUACGCUCUCGCGUAGGAAUGUGAUGAAGAUCAUCGACAUCCGCCUGAAGGAAGUUCAGGAACGGCUCGCCACGAGAAAGAUCACGCUCGUGCUCGACGACGAGGCCAAGAACUAUCUCGUGUCGAUGGGGUACUCACCGACAUACGGCGCUCGUCCUCUCAACCGGGCCAUCCAGCAAGAACUGCUGAACCCGCUGUCGGUCUUGAUACUAUCGGAUCGUAUCCGCGACGGCGAGGUCGUCAAUGUGCGGUUCGAUGGACCCCAUAACCGUUUGCGCAUCGUUCCAAAUCACGAGGCCGCAGCGGGAAUGGAUGAGAUGGAUGUCGACGACUGGGAUGAUGAUAUCGAAGUCGAGGAAAUGGACUGA